AUGGCUGCAUCUGAACUACUAGAGUCUUUUCGAGAUUUGCGUAAAUUAUAUUUUCAAAUCAACCUUGAAGUAGUAUUGUCGCUGUCGGCUCCGUCGUCGAACCCUCAUUUCAGCAACUCUUUGCUGAACCCACCUCUGCUGGUGAUUCUGCGAUUGUUCCUCUGUCCACUCUUAAAGCCAUCUAUGGCGAAGUCACCACAAACACUCAGUCUGGUGAAACAGUCGAGAAAGAGUCUAAAAUGUCUACCUCCAGGAUCAUGGUUUGAGAGGUUCUCAAGUUAAGAUUAUCAUUUUGGUCUCUAUUUUUAAAACUUGGUUUGCAUCAAACUGUACAACCUUAAAAGAUUUGGCUUUCAAAUUAUGGACCCAUCGGUCUAAGAUUAGGUCUUUUCUUUUUGAGUUAAAGAUUUGCUCUUGUUUUUAUAUUCUGUCAUGUAGUUUGCACGUGCAAACAAGAAAAUUUGUAAGUCCAAGAUUAGGUUUUGUUGUUGCAUGAAAAGAAAAUUGGGGGCCAGAUAUCAUAUUGUAAAUUGUGACUAAAGGAGUAAUGAACUUUGGGAUAAACAGACAAAUGUUGAUUUUUA